AUGGCGGUGAUCUUUGUGGACCACUCCUCUUAUCGUCAGAAGAUGACGACGACAACCAUAGAGUCCAGCCCCUGGCACCCCAAUGACUUUGCAAUACCCUACCAGACCUACUUCCACCAGUCCAGCGACGCCCAGGUGCGGGAGUGGCAGGGGAGGAUGCGCAGGCAGAGGAGGCGCUCCCUCUUCUGCUUUGUGGGAGCCCCGCGCCCCAAUAUGGAGGACUCCGUCCGGGGGGAGAUCAUGGCCCAGUGUGGGGAAACCAACAAAAGGAGGUCCACCUUUGACUCUAUACUCGCAGGUUGCAUCCCCGUCUUCUUCUCUCCUGCCUCCGCAUACAUGCAGUACUUGUGGCACCUGCCCAUGGAUUUUGGGGCCUACUCUGUGCUCAUACCGGAGGGGGACGUCAAGACCCACAAGGUUAGCAUCGGUAGCGUGUUGUCCCGCAUACCGGCCUCGAGGGUGGCGGUCAGGAGGGAGAAGGUGAUAAAGCUGAUACCAAACGUGAUCUAUACAGACCACAGGUCGAGGCUGGAGAAAACCCAGGAUACCUUUGAUUUGGUGAUAAGAGGAGUGGUACACAAAGUUGAUGCAUUGAGGAGGGAGAUGAAGGAGUGGUCCAUAGAGUUGAUACGUUGA